UCGUUUUCGAAAUUGGGAAAUGAAAAAUCUUUGUCCUGUGAGACACACAGUAGCGCCGUUGUUGAGUUAAACGGUUGUUUUAUAAUUUCCGGGUUAUAUCAUUACUGAACAAUUAUAUAUUGCACUUAGACCACCUCGGUUUAUAACCCGAGCUGUGUUCGCUACUGUUUUGAACAUCGUGCUGGUGUCAGGACUGGUGUUACUAACAUAACAUGAAGAUAAUUUUUUUUUUAGAAUGCUUAAUUUAGAUAUGUUAGAUCAUCAUGGGAGUACAAGAAGAGUUCAGCCAUCGCUCCGAUCCUUGUAUGGAGGCUAUGGAGCACCGAUGCCAGGAGUUCCAGGACACGGAAUACCGAUGCCAGGAGGACAGAUGGGAGGACCUCAGAUGGGUGGAUACCCUGGUUAUGGUGGUUUUCCCGGGAAUUUUGGUGCUGCACCUGUAAAUGACCCACUGUGGGGUUAUUUUACUGCGAUAGCAGGACAGGAUGGUGAAAUUGAUGCAGACGAGCUUCAAAGAUGUCUGACACAGAGUGGUAUUAGUGGCAGUUACAGUCCAUUCAGUUUGGAGACCUGUAGAAUCAUGAUUGCCAUGCUGGAUAGAGAUAUGACUGGGAAGAUGGGAUUUAAUGAGUUCAAGGAGCUUUUUGGAGUUCUCAAUGGCUGGAAGCAGAAUUUCAUGAUGUUUGAUCAAGACAGAAGUGGAACUGUGGAACCUCAUGAAAUGAGUCAGUCCAUUUCCUCAAUGGGUUACAGGGUUAGUCCCCAGGUGCUGAGUGGUAUUAUAAAGCGCUACAGCAAGAAUGGCAGGAUUUUCUUUGAUGAUUAUGUAGCCUGCUGUGUAAAACUAAGAGCACUCACAGACAGUUUCAGAAGGAGAGAUACUGCACAACAAGGAAUUGUAAAUUUCCAGUAUGAUGAUUUCAUAUUGUGCACGAUGUCGAUCUGAUUACCUCAUGAUCGAAAUCUGUGGAGGACAGCGGUUGAAACCUGUUGGAUUAAGAACAGCUUUCGAAGGCUUCAGUCUACUUGGAUGUGUUGUAGCUUAAGAACACCAGCUGCUGUGUUUGUGUGGUAAAGUAUGUGCUAGAAGAGUAUGUUUCUUUAAAGAUAGACCAGCACGACCGAAAAACAAAACUAUAAAUGUAUAAUGGACAUUUGUACUAUAUAAUUUUUUAUUUAAUAAUAUAAUCCAAAAUAGGAAUUUAGCAUGUAGUAAAGCACACAAGGUCAGCUUGUACAAAGAUCUAUAUUGUGUUGAAUUGUGAUAAACCCUUAGGGCAAAAGGGACAUAUCUUAUUAUGUUUUGACAAAUCAGGUGCCACUACUUUGACUGAUUAGUACUUCUAAGUGGAUGAUUGUUCUUUUAUAUGAUUUCUACAACCUUGAAUGUGCAUCACCCUUAUUUGGGAAGUUGAGAUGUAAUGUUGCCAUUUUAUAAUUAUUAGAAGAUAAAUUUACUAAAGAGGGUGGCUGAAGAUGUCCAGAUCGUUUCAAGUUACAUCUCAUGGAUUACCCUAUUAGAGUGUGACAUUAUUUACUUGCUGGUGUACUGUAAGUACCAUUAUAAUACUUGGGUAUGAGCCCAGUAAACCUAUGGUAAAAAGGCAACUCUUUUGACACAAAGUGCCAACAUCAUCUACAAGCACUUGGAUCAUCAAUGAUUUUAUUUUGUGCUUCUUAUUUUGCCAUAAACUACAGUUUUUAUCUGUGUACAUUUAGAAUUUGGAAGACAAAGUAAAGAACUGCAGUGCUUCAGUGUUAGAGCAACAUUUGUGAUAACUUGUUAAUCAGUGUAUCAAGGGUUUUUUUUAAUUUCUAAGCAGGCCAAAAGGGAUGUUCAAUGUUAUUUUUGUCUGCUGUAUGCUAAUAAUUAAAAAAUGUGAACCACAGGGAAUCUGCUAAUCAUAUUAACUGUUACAAUGUUUUUCUUUGAUCAGUUGCUACCUUAAGCUUUAUGUUAAUAGCUACAAAUGCAACCUAUUUCAAAUAGUUUAUAACACAGAACAACUUGAUUAAACGUUAAUGGAUUUUGUGUAUUUUUUAUGUUAACACAAAACAAUAAACAAAAGAUUGUA